CCAGUAUUGUCCAGCGCAGUCAGUCAGAGACGAAACCACAAAAAAUCCGUUAGUACGAAGAGAUAGGUCGACCCAGCAAGAUGAUCAUAACUACGCUACGCUUUGGAGCGAUCGCCACCCUGUCCCUGUUGUUGAUCUUAAGUUUGACCAGCCCCAUCAACGCAGACGUAUAUUUUGGAUACAAUGAAGAACCGGAGAACAACCCCGACCGGCAGAACGCACGGAAUCGUACGGCGGUUUAUAUUCCGGGUAAAUGUGGCAUGAAUGAGAUCCUCUACCCCGGCGAUCAGGAAAGCGAUUGGGUGUGCGACUGUCGUCCAGCUCACGUCUACCACCCGGGCUCGGGCGGAUGCCAUCCCCUCUAUACCCGAGCGUACUGCGCCGAAGAUGAGUACGUGGAAAUCAAACCGGGUGCCAAGCUGCCCCAGUGCACGAAGAAUAUCUGCGAGAAUGGGCUGGUCCCGUUCAACAACGGUACGUGCGUUAAGCUGCACAGCAACAAUAAGGGAGUCUGUCCGCAGAUCGACCACGUCAAGUUUCUGGUGGUGGUGAACGAAACGACGCUGCAGCUGGAUUGCGCCGCGGAAGGACCGGUGAAACUUAACUGGAAAGUGGGCAAUCGGUACAAUCAGGAGCAUCCCAAUGUUAAGGUUAUGCAAGAUGGACGGGUGGAAUUUCUGACGGCGACCAAGUGUGCUCCCGGUUCGGCGGCUGAAUUUAAUGGAACCUGCGCGGAUGGAGUGCAACCCAGUACGAUGGAACCUGUGCCAGUUGAGGCGAGUACGGCCAACCCGGCGGAGGAUGUUCAACCGGACGCGGAGGGAUCGGUUAUUUGACGGCCUAUAAGCUUUAUUGGAUUAGGGUUUCGAAGAGUGAUUAAAUAAAUGGUAUAAUAGGACAAGGAUGAACAAUUAGAUCUUGAAACUUUUUGCCAUGAUGGUUACAUUGAAAAAUAAGCAUGCGGGAAAUCACUAUAGAUUUAAUUGCGCGCGGGAAACGAUGAUAAAACGUUUGAUAGAGAAAUAUAGAAUGAGCGAUUCUUGCCAGACAAA